UUUAAAACCGAGGCGCGAUGUCUGUCUUCAACGCACUGUUCUGUUGCACACAUUUCCGUGAACAUCAAGAUGAACACAACAGAGACCAGUAAUAAAGUUACAUCUUCUGUAGGUCUUGAUGCCAAGCCAGUAAUAAACAACUCACCUAGAACAGUGUCUCGGCCUGACUGGAUACUCUACGUAGUUCCUGCCUUAGCGUUUGUUAUUGGGAUCUUUCUGUUCACCUUUAUCUGCAAAACACAACGACCCAAGAGACAUGCAAAGCAGAGGACCUACAGAAAUCCACAAGUGGACUGCUAUAACAGCUUUAGGCAUUCAACAGAUUGUUUGCAGAACAUAAAUAUUAACAAGAAAGAUGACACACAGUCUUAUGAGAAUGUAGAGGCGGCCAUAUACACCAAUCAGGAUAAAGUCACAUAUUAUGUUUCUGCAGACCAAGAUUACCUCACCCCUGAUGAAAUGAAGGAGGGAGUGGGGACGCAUCAGGAUACCUUACAAUUGCCUCAAAAUCUGACAGAUACUGACGGGGAAUCUUAUGAGAACAUGGCGAGCUUGUACGCUGAACCUCGCAAAUGUUCACAGCGGCACCCAACUGAGCAAGAAGAGGACUAUAUCAAUCCUGAUGAUGACGGACAUCAGAACCUCACUCAUACAGACACAGAAUCAUAUGAAAUGAUGGCGGAUUCAACCUGUCAGUAUGACAACACAGACGAUUCAUAUGAACAGAUGAACGGAAUCCCUUUCCAGUAAGAGACGUCACGGACUGAUGAAAAUAAAUGAUACUGAAAUGAAAUAAACUCUGAGUUGGACACAGUAUUAUUUUAUAUCUGAUUAUUUGAGAGAGUGAAAGAUAAUGAUUAAGAUCAAGUGUGAGGGCCAGAGAGAGAGACUCUAAAUCAUAUUGUGCCUUAUUCAUAAGUGAACUUUAGAGAAAUGUUUUAAUCCCAUCAAGAAUGUGUUAGAUUAAACACAAUAAACCUGAAGCUGCUUACUGUUGAUAACACCAUGUGGGUGGGGAAAACCAGUUCAGGUAUAAAUAAUUAACUUCUUACACCCUGAAGCUAUUUUGGGGAUUUUCGCCUGGAUUUGGCCUACCCAAUUUCAAAAGCAUCCCAUACCCACAUGCAGAGGUUUACAUACAAAAGUUUGGUAUCAUUUUACAGGUAACCCUUUGAAAUUACAUAAAACACUGUUGAAAGUGCUAAACGUUGUAUGUGAUAUCAGUCCUC